AUGAAAUGCCUCCUGUAUAUGACUGAUUUGCAAUACUAAUUUUUAAUACCGGCUUAACGCAUGAGAGUGAAAUAAAUCGACAGCCCCACGAGUUUUUUAAAACAAAAAAAAACAAGUAUUGCAAAAUCAUAUUAUACUAGUGCAAAGUACAUUCAGCUCACGCAUAUUCCACGAUUGAGCAAAAUUUUUCAUGUUUCUAGACCCACUCUUUUUCCCUAUAUAUAAAUAUUGUUUAAUUAAAAGGUAUACCGCCUUAGUGAGACUCACACUGCAGAAGAGCACAAAAAAAAGAAAGAAAAAAACAAAUAACAUCAAAUAAAAAUAAAAAUUAAGAAAUAAAAAAUUAAAAAACUUAACAGAAAACAAAUCCAUAAAAUAAAUAAACUAAUGAGCAAAAAAAACACAAACAAUCAAUUAAAAUUAACAUAUAAAAUACAUAAAUACAAAUAAUUAAAUAAACUAAAAGAAUAAAGCAAAAUAAAAUAAUUAAUAAACGAAAUUCAUAAAUGA